GACCCAUUUUAAAUUCAUCAGAUUGGUCUAGUCAGGCUGUGGCUAUUGAACCUCCAAAAGCUUUUAAAUGCUGUCAUUGAACCCAGUUGGAUAUCUAGUUGCACUGAUUGUAUGAUCUGUAAAAUAAAAACUCUCCAAGUGUUGAGUUCCUGAGUGUCCCAAAAUGAGUGUUUUUAGUAAAUGUUUCUCUCUCUCGCUCUCUCUCUCUUCUUUUUUCAUAGGCGCCUGAUCACAGAUUCAAAAGUUAAAUUAAAGUACCAGCAUUUAAUAACUAAUAGUUUUGUAGAGUGCAAUCGACUGUUAAAAUGGUGUCCUGCUCCAGAUUGCCACCAUGUUGUUAAAGUUCAGUAUCCUGAUGCUAAGCCUGUUCGCUGUAAAUGUGGCCGUCAGUUUUGCUUUAACUGUGGUGAAAACUGGCACGAUCCUGUUAAGUGCAAGUGGUUAAAGAAGUGGAUUAAGAAGUGUGAUGACGACAGUGAAACUUCUAAUUGGAUUGCAGCAAACACAAAGGAAUGCCCUAAAUGCCACGUGACCAUAGAAAAGGAUGGAGGCUGCAAUCACAUGGUCUGUCGGAAUCAGAAUGGCAAAGCAGAGUUUUGCUGGGUGUGUCUCGGCCCUUGGGAGCCACAUGGGUCUGCCUGGUACAACUGUAACCGCUACAAUGAGGAUGAUGCAAAGGCAGCAAGAGAUGCCCAAGAGGAAUUAACACAGAGAUCCAGAGCAGCCCUGCAGAGGUACCUCUUCUACUGCAACCGUUACAUGAAUCAUAUGCAGAGCCUGCGCUUUGAGCACAAACUCUAUGCUCAGGUCAAGCAGAAAAUGGAGGAGAUGCAGCAGCACAACAUGUCGUGGAUUGAGGUCCAGUUUCUGAAGAAAGCAGUUGAUGUCCUCUGCCAGUGUCGUGCCACACUCAUGUACACAUACGUCUUUGCCUUCUACCUCAAAAAGAAUAAUCAGUCCAUUAUCUUUGAGGUAAGGAGAAGCUGUCAGGCUUCUUGAAAAGCAGCACAUGUGCAUUUGUGUCUCUUUUUCCAUCUAUUUGGGGUAUCCUGUUGAAUGAAUGGUAGUGGUUGGGUGAAGAGGCAAUAAGGAAAAGUUUUAAACCAAAAGUGAAAAACUUCUUUCAUCCUGAGGGCCAAAUGCAUUUUCAGAGAAGUUCUUCAGGGUUUGUUUCCAGCGGUGGGGAGAGCCAAAGGAAAAAAAAUAUGGGGCCUAAAAUACCAGGAUCAUUCAGUUCAGAGUAGGCAUGUGCCAAGUGGGUGGGGACCUUCCCCUGAACCCAUCCAUGGACCACAUUGGCAUACUUAAUAGCUUUUCCCCCCCGGGGUUUUGGUUUUAGUAAGAGC